AUGGCAACGGCAGAAAUAAGUUUCUCAAAGUUGAAGUUGUUGAAGACCUAUUUACGUUUUACAAUGUCACAAGAAAGGCUAAACGGGUUGGCGACAAUAUCUAUUGAAAGUGAAAUAUUAGAUACUAUGAAUUACAAGGAGUUGAUCGAGAGCUUUGCUUCAAAAAACGCUAGGAGAACCACACUGUUCGCUUAUUUUUACUGUUUUACAAUGCAAAGAGUCACAUAUCUGAUAUUGUUAACUAUCUUCCUACCAUUUUUAGUUUCUGCACAACAAACAAAUGUUUCUGUACGCGUUGGUGCAUCGCUCACAGCUGCACCUGAUGCCAGACCAUGGCUUUCAUCUUCUGGUGAAUUUGCCUUCGGUUUCCAUCCCGUUCAAGGCGAUGAUCGCUUUUUGUUAUCAAUAUGGUAUGAUAAAAUACCUGAAAAGACCAUUGUCUGGUAUCCAGAAGGAGGUCCAAUAGUGUCUACAGGGUCAAAUGUUGAGUUAACUAGUGGAAGUGGGCUUCUGCUAAGUGAUCCUCAAGGCAGACGCGUAUGGACUUCUGGGCCUGUUUCAGGUGUGGCAUAUGCUGUUAUGAACGAUACAGGUAACUUUGUGAUUUUUGGUAACGAUUCUGGAAAGAUAUGGGAAAGUUUCAAUCAUCCAGCAGAUACCAUGUUGCCAACUCAGGUUAUGGAGAGAAAUGGAGUUGUUUAUUCGAAAAUGAGCAAAGGAAACUUCUCUAGAGGACGUUUCCAACUUCGUCUGCUUCAAGAUGGGAAUCUUGUUCUUAAUACACGAGAUGUAGCAUCGGGUUAUGCUUACACUAACUACUAUGCCACUAAAACCAAUGAUCCUGCAAAUGAAUCAAACUCUGGUGAGCAGUUGUUAUUUGAUUCAAUAGGAUACUUGUAUAUACUAAGAAGAAAUGGAAAAAGAUUUGAUCUUACCCCAAAACAAGAACUUCCAUUUGGAGAUUAUUACCAUAGAGUUACUCUAGAUUUUGAUGGGGUGUUUACCCAAUAUUAUCACCCGAAAGAUCCCACUGACAAUUCAGGCUGGGGAACUGUAUGGUCAUAUCCUGAAAACAUAUGCCUUAGUUUUCAUGGUUCUGAAGAUAGUGGCGCUUGCGGGUUUAACAAUGUCUGCAGCCUUAGUCAUGGUAAUCGACCGAAGUGUGCGUGCCCGAAAGGGUUUUCAUUGGUUGAUCCCACUAAUCCAUAUGGGGACUGCAAACCAUAUUUCUUUCCAAACUGUCAGGAAGGUGGCCCAAAGGGAGACGCUUUAGAUUUCAUCGAGCUCUUUGAUAUCGAUUGGCCAUAUGCUGAUUAUGUCAUCAUGAACCCAACUAGUGAAGCUGACUGCAAAAGUUCCUGCUUGAAUGAUUGUUUCUGUGGCGUUGCAAUUUACAGAGGGAAUAAAUGUUGGAAGAAGAAGCUUCCACUCUCCAAUGGAAAGGUUGACUAUUUACUUGGAGUCAAAGCUUUUGUGAAAUACCCAAAAAGCGAUAUUAAUCCUCCGGGAAACCCACACAUAUCGAGAGCGAAAAAUAAUCGACAAAGUUUGAUAAUUGUGGGAUCAACCCUCUUAGGUACUUCUGUGUUUGUAAACUUACUGUUGAUUCUUGCAAUCUGUGCUGGUAUGUUCCUAAUCUACCAUAAAAAGAUUAGAAAACUCGACCCAGGCAUUGAAACGAAUCUGGUUCGCUUUACGUACAAAGAGCUUGUUCAAGCUACUAACGGGUUCAAGGAUGAACUAGGAAAAGGGGCGUUUGGAAUAGUGUAUAAAGGUGUAAUACGGACAAAUACUGUGGCAGUUAAGAAACUAUACCAUAUGGUUCAAGACGGUGAGAAGGAAUUCAGAACAGAGGUGAAUGCUAUUGCAAGAACUCAUCACAAAAACUUGGUUCAACUGCUUGGGUUUUGUGACGAUGGUGAGCAACGACUACUAGUUUAUGAGUACAUGAGCAACGGUACUUUAGCAAGCUUUCUUUUUGGAGACAUGAGACCUGGUUGGAACCCGCGAUGCAAUAUAGCAUUAGGUGCUGCAAAGGGGCUAUCAUACCUUCAUGAAGAGUGCAGCACACAGAUCAUCCAUUGUGACAUAAAGCCUCAGAAUAUACUUCUUGAUGAGUAUUAUAAUGCUCGGAUUUCUGAUUUUGGACUGGCAAAGCUUUUGUCAAUGAACCAGAGUCGAACGAACACUGGAAUAAGAGGAACAAAAGGAUAUGUUGCUCCUGAAUGGUUUAGGAACACCCCUGUUACAGUAAUGGUUGACGUGUAUAGCUUCGGUGUGUUGCUUUUAGAGAUAAUUUCCUGUAGAAAGAGUGUGAUGGAGAAUGAAAGUGGUGAUGAAUAUGGAGCAAUCUUGACUGAUUGGGCAUGGGACUGCUAUCAAGAAAAGCGGUUGGAUGUGUUUGUUGAGAAUGAUUCGGAGGCUUUAGAUGAUGUGAAGAAGCUUAGAAGCUUUUUGAUGGUUGGUCUUUGGUGUGUACAAGAAAAACCUUCUUUGAGGCCAACCAUGCGGAAGGUAAUCCAGAUGCUUGAAGGAGUUGUUGAAGUGAACGAACCUCCAUGUCCGUUUCCUUUCAUUAUGUAAUUAGUUGUUUUUUACAUAGUCGAA